AUGCAGAAGCAAGGAGCAGCUCCUCGUAUGGCAGAGAUCAUGGAGCAGAAUGGAAAAAGAGGAACAUGCCAAGGAAGAAAGAAACACCAAGGACAACAGAGGAAAUUCUCUGUGAAUUGGAGUAUUUCGACUGCUUCUUGUGUCACGUUGUCUGCGAAAAUAAGGGACAAGAAGGUUCCCAUUGUGUCUUUCGUUAUUCGAAUCAUUGACUCUACCAAAGAUCGCAAGGUCUUGACUAAAUUAGAGGUAAAAGAUAAUUUGCUUAAAAAAGGAGAAAGAUUUGACUGGAGAGUUGGGUUACUUCCAGCGAGAUUCAUUAUUGACCUUGAGUUCCUCGAUUUGAAAGCUUCAUCUCGAAAUGGAAAACAUGUUUGUUCCAUUUGGCCUACCAAAAUCAUGAAUCAUCAGAAACCAAAUUCUGCAGCUCUUGAAUCUGUUGGUCGAAUGCUGACAGAAAAAAUCCAUACUGACGUAACAAUAAAUGCUUCAGAUGGAAGCAUUGGAGCUCACCGCGCAGUUCUUGCUGCUCGAUCACCUGUUUUUCAUGGCAUGUUCAAACACAAUCUAAAAGAGAAAGAUGAUUCCACCAUAAACAUCUCAGACAUGUCAAUAGAAUCUUGUCAAGCAUUCAUAAACUAUCUUUAUGGUAUCAUUGAAGAUGAAGAAUUUUUGAAGCAUAGAUUGGAGCUUCUUCAUGCGGCAAACAAAUAUGACAUUUGUGAUUUGAGAGAUGUAUGCAGUGAGAGCCUUGCAGAGGAUAUGGAUUCAAGCAAUGUUCUUGAGAGGCUUCAUGAUUCAUAUCUGUAUCAAUUGCCAAAGCUGAAGCUUCAUUGCAUGCAAUAUCUUGUCAAGUUUGGAAGGAUAUUUGACAUUAAAGAUGAUUUCGAUGCAUUCUUGCAAACUGUAGAUAAGGAUUUGGUUAUUCAACUCCUUGGUGAAGUUCUUAGUGUCUGGAAAGGAUCUUAA